ACUUGGCGAUACGGCAUCAUUGUACUACCGGUCGACAGGACGGACGGAAACUCACUCCAUUUUCUUAGACGACCUUGACUGGUUAUUAGUUGUGAUCACCUGCAGUUAACAUCACGUAAUAUCAUUUCCAAUAGAAUAACAUGGCGGCCGUAGCGAAACCACAGAUUUUCAAGUCGGUCCUUAAUGGAGCCAAGCAGUUUUCUACCUCAUCAAAGAGCAACACCAAGGUUGCUGUCAUGGGAGCAAGUGGUGGAAUUGGUCAACCUCUAUCCCUGUUGUUGAAGCAAUCCCCACUAGUCUCUCAACUCAACUUGUACGAUAUUGUACACACACCCGGUGUUGCAGCUGAUUUGAGCCACAUCAACUCUAAGGCUAAAGUUCAGGGCUUUGUUGGACCUGACCAACUGAUGAGCUCUCUGGAAGGUUGUGAAGUGGUCAUCAUUCCAGCUGGUGUUCCACGCAAACCAGGCAUGACCCGCGAUGAUCUUUUCAACACCAACGCUUCAAUUGUUCGAAAUUUGGCUGUUGCUGUUGCUGAAGUUUGUCCUAAAGCACUGGUUGGAAUAAUCUCCAACCCGGUUAAUAGCACUGUUCCAAUUGCCAGUGAAGUGUUCCAGAAAGCUGGUGUCUACGACCAGAACAGAAUUUUUGGUGUCACUACGCUAGAUGUUGUCCGCGCUAACGCUUUUAUUGCUGAACUGAAGGGCUUGGAUCCAAACACAGUGAACUGCCCAGUUAUUGGUGGCCAUGCAGGCAUCACAAUUAUUCCUCUGAUUUCCCAGUGUCAGCCUGCCGUUUCAUUCCCAACUGACCAGCUUAAAGCGCUUACAGAACGUAUUCAGGAAGCUGGAACUGAAGUCGUAAAGGCUAAGGCUGGUGCCGGUUCAGCCACCCUGUCCAUGGCAAUGGCUGGUGCCCGAUUUGCCGUCUCCUUGAUCCGUGCUCUCAGAGGCGAAAAGGGGGUUGUUGAAUGCGCUUAUGUUCGAUCGGACUUGACCGAAGCCAAGUAUUUCUCGACCCCACUUCUUUUGGGCCCCAAUGGUAUCGAAAAAAAUCUUGGACUCGGUAACUUGUCGGAGUUCGAAAAGCAGCUAGUUGCUGCUUCAAUCCCUGAACUAAAGAAAAACAUUAAGAAGGGCGAGGAGUUCGUCCAGAAACACUAAAGGAAAGGUUGUGAGAAACUAAUGAGAAGAAGCAAACUAGCUAUCGGAUAUGUAUUGUAUGAUCUGCCGGAUAAAGUCUAGUAAGUCACACUUAGAUUCAUUUACAGAGUUGUGUAUAAUUAGGCAGAAAUACACCUAUUUGUUUGGUGAUCAA